UAUAAUAUAUAGGUGGCCGAUACCCUUUUCGUUUUCUUCUUUCAGUCGCUGCUCCAAGAAUCCACAUCCAUUAGGGAUUUGGUUUUCUUAAAAAUCAAUAAAGAAGAGGAGCUCGCUAAAGCCCUCUCGUUUCCAACGGCCGAUCUAUCGAAUAACAGUGGGGAUUAUGGAGAGAGAGCUGGUGGAAUUGUUCGAAGCUGCGAAGAAAGCAGCGGACGCUGCGGCCUCCGCUGACGGAGGAUCCGAGGAAAGUCGAUGCCUCGAUGCCUUACGCCAGCUCAAGGAUUUUCCUGUCACUUACCAAGUUCUUGUCUCCUCCCAGGUUGGGAAGCGUCUUCGACAUCUGACGAAGCAUCCUAGGAAAAAAAUCCAAUCAUUUGCUUCUGACCUGAUUGAGAUAUGGAAGGACAUUGUUAUAAAGGAAACAAACAAAAACAAGAAAAGUGAAAGCUUGGAUGAUAAGAAUUCUGUCAAAGUUGAGUCUGUAAAUGCACAGACUGCCAAGGUCGAGAAGGAUCAGAAGACAUCUUCCACGAAGGUUGAGAAUGUUUCAAAGGUUGAAAGCAUUAAGGUUGAGAAAAUUGUUCAGAAUGGUAUGCCAAGCGUGGAGAAAGUUUCAAGGUCAGAUGCUGUCAAGACAGUGAGAAAGGUUUCGAGUGUUGAUGUUGUCAAGGUUGAGAAAAGUGCUUCAGCUGAGAAAGUUAAGGUUGAAAAGAUUACCAGAGAGGAGAAGAAGGAAGCUUCUGGAGUGAAGAAACCAUUGCUGGGCCCGGGUGCUCCCCCAAAGCUGACAUCAAUGAUUAAAUCUAAUGAUUCCACGCGGGACAAAGUACGAGAAAUUCUUCAUGAAGCAUUGUCUAAAGUUUCUGGUGAGGCUGAGGAGUAUAUUCAGGAGGAAGUGAAUUCGUGUGACCCCAUUCGAGUUGCUGUUUCUGUAGAGUCUGUUCUGUUUGAUAGAUGGGGCAGUUCUCUAGGGGCUCAAAAGGUUAAGUAUAGAUCCUUAAUGUUUAACCUUAAGGAUGCUAACAACCCAGAUUUCCGGAGAAGGGUACUUCUUGGACAUGUCAAACCAGAGAGGCUUAUCAACAUGAGCACAGCAGAAAUGGCAAGUGAUAAGAGGCGAAAUGAGAAUCGAAAGAUUGAAGAGAAAGCGUUAUUUGACUGUGAGCGUGGAGCGGCACCCAAAGAGACAACCGAUCAAUUUAGGUGUGGUCGAUGUGGGCAACGCAAAUGCACCUACUACCAAAUGCAGACGCGGAGUGCCGAUGAGCCUAUGACAACGUACGUAACAUGUGUAAACUGCAAUAACCAUUGGAAAUUCUGUUAGUUUUAGCGUCCCUCUCUUACCAGCUGCUGCUAGCCAUUUUUUAUUGGUUACCAUUAUGAGAUAAUUCUGAAGCUGCUCCUGUUAUUGUGAUUCAGCUCUAGUGCAGUCAACGUUAUGAAAUUUCAGUGUAGGAACUAAACUACAUAUGUAGAAUUUUAUCCUUGUUUUUGUAGGACUGUUAGGUUUUAUUUGUUGGGAUGCUGAAAUUUUAUUGGAUCAAAGGCUUUAUUUGGUUCGCCAUUUGUAUGGAUUGAAACAAAUUGUAUGCUAUAUUAAUAUAACUCUGCAGAAAUGUGGAUUGCGGAUA